AUGGCUUCAGUGAAACUUUGCAUCCUCUUCGCUUUGGUGGCCGCAGCCGUGGCUUCACCAGCUGUUGUCGACUCGUUGGAACAGGCUAGGGCCAUGUGCAGCGAUGAUGAACCAUUGGCUUGUCUGAAGUACAGGGCCAUGUCCUUCUUGGACAACAUCCUCAAGCAAGACAACUACAAACUCUCCGAAGAUGUCGAGAUCACCAGGAACGGCCGCUCCAACGAAAUCACCAGCAGAGGCAGCAGCUCUUUGGAAGAAUCCGUCGAGAACUACAUCCAAAGCCACGACGUCACCUUCAACCUUCCAAUCGUCGGCAGCUCAGUCACCUUGGGAGCCAGGAACUUGGACAACGAUGAGGUCGACCUUAAGAUGAAAUUCUCCGGAGUCGAAGAAGCCCGCAAAUCCAAGUUGAAGAAGAUCUUCAUCCCCAUCCUCGUCUUCGUCCUCCUGAAGGCCAUCACUCUGAUCCCACUCGCCAUCGGUGUCCUUGGAUUGAAGGCAUGGAACGCCCUCCAACUGUCUUUCUUCUCUUUCAUCGUCUCUGUAUCAUUGGCCGUGUUCCAAUUGUGCAAGAAGAUCGCCGCAGACAACGCUCAUCCACAGAUCGCCGCUCACAACCCGUGGGAGGCUCAGUACGCCGCCAGAUCCAUUGACGAUGCUGCCCAAGACAUGGCUUACAACGCUUACAGGCAGUAAACUUCGCUACCUCUGAUCGACUAUCAUCGACUGUGAAACGCUUACAU